AUGUGCGGGCGCUGCCGCAACAACCGCUACCUCGUCUAUGACCCCACCGUCUCACCACACUACCAGGUGCUCUACAUCCCUCGUGUUCCACCAGCUGACAUGACCGAGUGGCCGCCUACGCCGUAUGUCAUGCAUGUCUUCUCGUCAACGACAAACCGUUGGAAGGAGACGUCAUUUGUUCGAGAAGCUGAGGCUGCUGCCGUUGCUGGAACCGUUGACGAUGUAAACUCCUAUCGCCGCGACCGUGAUGAGCAUAUGUACUACGCCGCGUAUUGGCAAGGAUCACUCUACGUUCCUUCCCCACACGUAAAAGAUGAUUUCCUCUUCAGAAUAAACUUAUCGAGUGACAAGUACCAGAUAAUUAAGUUGCCAAAAGGACGAGUAGGAUCACAUUUUCGUCUAGGGAAAUCGAAAAAAGGGGUCUAUUGUGUAGUGAAUACCAAUGUGCGAUGCACGUUUCGAGUUUGGUUUCUUCAUGAAUCGUCUGGUCUGGCAGACUGGGUUUUCAAGAAUGAAAUCAACCUUCAGCCAACAUUUAGUAAACAAGAUUGGCACCCCGGACCAUGGACCCCACAGUCGCCUGAGCAGAUACUGUUGUUGUUGAAGAGUGAUGUCAACCCUAAGCUCGUAGAUGAAUACAACGAAGCACUAGCGAGAGAUGGUUUUGAUUGGGACUCUGACGAUGAAGAUCUUGUUAGCAUUACAGAUUGGCCUAAAAAGUGUGACACUUCCAUUGAUGGUCCUGACUGUAUUGGUUUCCAUCCCUAUAAAGAAAUUGUCUUGUUUAAUGAAAGAGGGGUGUGCUCUUGUUCAACGAUAGCCUAUCAUUUAAGCAACUCAAGGGUAAGAUACCUGGGUGAGAUGAGGCCCCGCUGUCACUAUUCAAUGGAAGAGAUUUCUUUUGCGUAUACACCAUGUUGGAUGAUGGACUUACCUGGAAGCAACUAA